GACGGGAAGACAUAGCUGCUUGCGCAGCUGCAUCAUGGGAAUUUGUUUCUAUGGGUAUCCCAUGACAACAAUCCAUAUCUUCGUUCGUGUUUGUAUCAGAAUUCUCUUCAAACCAACGGAUUAUCCCAAUUUCUUUCGAAUAUUCAUUUUUAUAACUCGAAAAAAUGAUUCCACCAAAUGCGUCACUAGUCAAAUAUGAUAACCCUGUUCUUGUAAGCAGAAAUACUGAGAAGAAAACACCUCGGGCAAGAGCUCUGAAGACAUCACCACAGCAGCCAACCAAUGCUGGCCCAGUACCCAACCCACCUCCCAAGGGAGGUAGUAAACUUCCACCUGUAGAGUCACAGAAAGCUCAGCAGACAGAUGAAAUACUCAACUCAAUUUUGCCACCUAGGGAAUGGACAGAAUCUGGUCAACUUUGGGUUCAGCAGGUGUCCAGUACUCCGGCCACUCGACUGGACGUGGUCAACCUGCAAGAGCAGCUGGACAUGAGGCUUCAGCAGAGACAGGCCAGGGAGACAGGUAUCUGCCCAGUUAGGAGAGAGCUUUACUCACAGUGCUUUGAUGAGUUGAUCCGUCAGGUGACCAUUGAGUGUGCAGAGCGUGGACUACUCCUUCUCAGGGUCAGGGAUGAGAUUAGGAUGACUAUCGCUGCUUACCAGACCCUCUAUGAAAGCAGUGUAGCCUUCGGUAUGCGCAAGGCACUACAGGCUGAGCAGGGCAAGUCAGAUAUGGAGAAGAAGAUCACAGACCUAGAGCAAGAGAAGCGCGAGCUGGAACGACAGGUCAAUGAACUAAAGGCCAAAUGUGAGGCCAUUGAGAAGAGAGAGAAUGAGAGGAGACAAGUAGAAGAGAAGAAACAUGCAGAAGAGAUUCAGUUUCUUAAGAGGACUAAUCAACAACUUAAGACACAACUGGAAGGUAUAAUUGCUCCAAACAAGAAGUAGGAUGAAUGGUGACCUCUGAAGCGGAAUAUUCUCUAUAUACUUGUACAUAAUUAGGUAGAACUACAUGUACAUAUUCCUGGAUAUGGUCUUGUAUAUACAUGUAGAAAUAUUACAUUAUAUUUGUCGAAUAAACCUAUUAAAAUCAAUUAAAAAGGAAUGUACAAAAACACUACCCUGUGACAAAUAUUGCAUAUUUACAAUAUGUUUGUUAUCUGAUAUUUAUAAUAUAUUUGGUAUUUUUGUGAUGUUAUAGUCACACCUUAACCGACUCCAGACCGGCCGAAGCUAUUAUGUUAUCACCUAUAGCAUGCCAUCGGUAGGUUUGGAGUCGGGUUCGUUGGUGUAGCUGUAGCAUUAGAUAUUGGGUUUUGCAGCUGGUGGAUGUAUCCCUUUCCGACUCGUCCCCUGUGUCUGAACCAGUUACUUGACAGUUUUCACGACUUUGUAGUUACCCGUUGUAAGUCUGGCAGUUACUCACAUUUUUGUGAAAGAAUAUCUGUGCCUUUAGCAUAGAGACAAGGAAACUAACCCCCCCCCCCCCAAAAAAAAAAAAGUAUUUCUCUUUAGUGUUAUUUAUUGCUUACUAAAGAUUUUCAAUUUAAAUCAAUAAAUAAAUUGAUUGUACAGUAGACUUUGCAUAAGUUGAUCUUCCACAAAUCAAAUGAAUUGCUUUAUUCGUAGCAUAUUUCAGAGAAGAAAAUGUGAAAUGUGUUAAUAACACAAGGUAAAAUUUCAAUAAAGUCGAACAAGUUUCUUCGAUCCAAAUAGUUUCGACUUAGGCAGAGUCACCCGUAUAUUUUACGUUAUAGGGCAGAGUUACAUUUAAUUUGUUUUUAAAUGUCAUAAGUAUGAUUUGAUUAAAUUCUGUACCUAAUUAGUUCUUGGCCAGUCAGAUGCCAAGAUUUCAGGGACUGAUAAUACUGCUGUAUAAAGCAGGCUAUGGUUGCUCGAUUAUAUAUUCUGCUACUGAGAUGUGGAUUAUCGUCCAUAAAUUGCAUUGUAGUAAAAUAUCGGGAAAGAUGAAGCAAAACUGUGUGUGUGAUUUCUCAACUUUACCGAUGUGAUGUUAACCGUCCAGAAAUGUUGUUCACAUACCGUAGGUAUGGAAUAACUGUGAAAUGUCAUUCUUAGUGUCUCUUUAAUCCUGUUUUUAUUUUAUUUUGUCAAGAAAAGAUUACAUUACAAUCAGCAAACAGAUUUGAUCAAUUGUAAACAUCUGUAUACAUGUAUUUGAAAUGGAAUUUUUCAAUAUUUUGAUUACUUCAUAUUUGCAUAUUUUUACUACAAUAUGUAUUUGUAUGUCAACACAUAUCGAUUCCUGCCAUUCAGAUUUGUAUCCUCCCUGUAUUCUAUGCAUUCCUCAUGUUCAUUCUCCAAUUAACAUGAAUCACUACACCUUGAUCUUGUUGCCUGUAAAGGGAAAGUGUACUUCUUCAAUAAAUUUGUAAAUUAACACUUUGAA